CGUCCAUUAUGGGAUACGAACUCAGCACGAAUCCGUCCAGAUGUGAUAUCGGAGUAGGCGGCGGAACCAAGAAGUUCAAACUCGUCAACCAUUGCGAUCGUGUGCUUGCUUACCAUGUAGUAAUCAACCCCGGCUCCAACUACUCAGUUCCUGAAGGCCAACUAUAUGGACUCAUCAAAGUUGGUUACACUGUUGAUAUAGACAUUACCAGAAGGCCUGGCAAACCUCGACCAGACAAAAUGAUAAUCCAAUACGCAUCCGUGGCAGACGAUGCAACAGAUCCGAAGAAGCCAUUCGCUAGCGGUGGACCUACUGGUGAAAUCACCGGCGAAACCAUGCUGAAGCUGAUUGCGGCCGAAUAAAUAAUCUUGACGUCCUGUAUCGAAGCUGCGUGACUACUUUCUCAUCGCUUGUCCAUACUAUUCUUGCACAAUAAAGCAGCU